AUGGGGGAGUCUCGUUCUGACAGUUUUAAAAAGUACAUCAAUUUAUUGGUGGUGUCAACGUCUAUUUGUAUCAGGUUCGGCAAGAAGUCGUCGCGGCUGGUUCGCGCGGCGGCGGUGAAGCUUGCGCAGGAGUUGUUCAACAUGGUGACGCGUCCGCCGCACGCGCUCGUCACGCGAUUGCAGGAGGGGACGGAGACACAGGUUUUCAAAACAUAUUUCUUGGGAUGGGACGAAGUAAUUGCGGUGGACUUCACCCGCACCGCAGAAUCCGUAGCAAGGACCGGCGCCGACUUGGCCAGUUGGGCUAAACAACAGGAGACAAAGGCAGAUCUGUCAGCGCUGUUUACGCCUCGCCAACCGUCCAUGCCGGCGGCGGAAUCCAAGACCCUCGCAGACGAGUGGAACGAGGACCUGGAAGCGAUGGAGGCUUUCGUACUCGAGGGCCGACACUUCGUGCGCCUGCCCGACCACGAGCUCGGCGUGUUCCACAGCUGCGACUGCUACGUGUUCCUGUGCCGCUACGUGCUGCCCGCCGAGCCAGAAGAAGACAGCCCGGACGCCGACGGCGACGACGAAGGAGCAUCAGCCGCAUGGGUGGUGUACUUUUGGCAAGGCCGGCGCGCGCCCAACAUGGGCUGGCUGACCUUCACGUUCGGGCUGGAGCGCAAGUUCAAGCAGCUGUGCCGGCGGCUGGACGUGGUGCGAACGCACCAGCAGCAGGAGAGCCUGAAGUUCAUGGCGCACUUCCAUCGCCGGUUCAUCAUUAAGGACGGCAAGAGGAAUCAGAAGCCGGAAAAUGGUCGCCAGCCCGUGGAAUUAUACGAACUUCGCAGCAACGGGUCGACGCUAUGCACGCGCCUCAUACAGGUCAAGGCGGACGCGAGCCAGCUCAACAGCGCCUUCUGUUAUAUCUUAAACGUGCCGCUGGAGGGAGCACACGACACGUCCUCGGCGAUCGUUUACGCGUGGAUCGGCUCUCAGGCCGACGCCGACUCCGCGCGCCUCAUCGAACAGAUCGCCGAGGACAAGUUCAACAACCCCUGGGUCAGCUUGCAGGUGCUAACAGAAGGCAGCGAGCCGGACAACUUCUUCUGGGUGGCGCUGGGCGGCCGCAAGCCCUACGACACGGACGCGUCCUACCUCGCCUACACGCGCUUAUUCCGCUGCUCCAACGAGAAGGGAUACUUCACCGUCUCCGAGAAGUGCACGGACUUUUGCCAGGAUGACUUAGCCGACGACGACAUUAUGAUAUUGGACAACGGCGACCAGGUGUUUCUGUGGCUGGGAGCCAAAUGCUCCGAAGUGGAGAUCAAACUCGCAUACAAAUCUGCCCAGGUUUACAUCCAACACAUGAAGACGAUGCAGCCAGAGAAGCCACGCAAACUGUUCCUCACGCUCAAAAACAAAGAAUCGCGUCGGUUCACCAAGUGCUUCCACGGCUGGGGCGAGCACAAGAGGCCUCCAGAGUAAACAACUCUCAUCGACGACUUUACAGCCUGAAGCGGUACAGACCUAUCGAUAUCUUAUUACCAGCAGUGUUCAGAAAAAAUAUAAUGGGUGGCUCUCAUUCAUUGUCUAUACCCGUUAGCCAGAUAUUUUAAGUCCCCAAAAUUCGAAGGUCAGCAGUAAAGGUCUGUAAUGCAUUUUGAUACUGAUAUCUUAUUGAGUAUAGAUAUUCCCAAUUGAUAUUGGUUUGAAAUGACAUGUAACUGCUACCAGGUAAUUGUUUAAGGCGUGGUUCAGACGCGCGGUUUCUGGAUGGUUCUCAUAGGCGAGGCACGAGGCGGUAACAGUAGCGGUUACUUUUUGACGCAAAUGAACGAGGUCUGCCCAGAAACCUCUUGAUUAUCGCGCGUGUCUGAACCAGGCCUAAAGUUUAUUACUAUGUUGACAUAGUUAUUAGUUAUGAUGCGUUUCAGCUCAAAUUGUAUAGUAUACAGAUGUCUUAAUGUACAUCGCAACAAAGCAUUUUCAACAUUCGCAAUAAAAUAAGUUUUAUGAUAGGUAUGUACUAUCGGAAGCAACGAAUCUGAAUGAAUUUACGAAAAUGAAUGACACACAUUUUCAUAACAAUAUUUGUAUAGUAUUGUGUGAAAAAAUUUCCAUUGCCUAAAAAUCUGUGAUUAUAAAAUUUGCUUGUUUGAUUAUUUUAAAAUUAUCAGUUCAGAUUUAGACACAUUUGAAUUAAAAUAUUUAAUAUUAUGAAACGUAUGAAAGAGCUCAUUAUACUAGAAGUUGCAUCACAUACAAAUUUAGUUUUGCAAUAAUUAUUUUAGUAGCCAUUAAAUUAAAUAUAAAGAGGGAUUUACUGAGAAUAAUUUUACCUAAACUUCAGUAUUACAAUUUGAGUGUUACUUACACCCAAACAAUUUAAACCAUUCGUUUUUAUCAGGAUGCAUGUGUUCUCAUGGGCUUCCAAAAGACAUUGAGGGAAUAUUUUGUGAAAAUGAAAGACUGAGUCAUGCCAUUUUACCAAGUCAUUUUAUUCAACACUUUCACUUAUCUAAUGAUUAAGCACAAGUGUGGAGAUUACAUUGUUACUCAUUUAAUUUAUUGC